UUUGCGCAGGCGCAGCGAAGUAGGCGGAGCCAGUCGGGAUGAGUGGCGGAGGGACAGAGACCCUUGUGGGUUGUGAGGUCGCCCCCGGCGGCGGCGGCGGCAAGAAGAGGGACUCGCUGGGGACUGCGGGCUCCGCACACCUCAUUAUCAAGGAUCUUGGAGAAAUUCAUUCAAGGCUUUUGGAUCACAGACCAGUUAUUCAAGGUGAAACUCGUUAUUUUGUGAAAGAAUUUGAAGAAAAACGUGGUCUUCGAGAAAUGCGAGUUCUUGAAAAUUUGAAGAAUAUGAUCCAUGAAACAAAUGAACAUACUCUUCCCAAAUGCAGAGAAACGAUGCAGGACAACUUGAAAGAAGUUCUCCAGAGAUUGCAAGCAGCUAAUGACUCCGUCUGUAGACUCCAGCAGAGGGAACAGGAACGAAGAAAGAUGUAUCAUGACCACUUAAUAGCUACUGAGAAACAGCAUCAACUCCAGUGGGAGGAUUUCAUGAAAGAACAACCCCGCCGUCAGGCUGAGGUGGAUGAAGAACACAGAAGAGCCAUGGAAAGGCUUAAAGAACAAUAUGCUGAGAUGGAGAAGGGCCUAGCAAAAUUCUCAACUUUUUAAGAACUUGAACAACAACAUUCACAAAUGGAGG